AUGUGCUUGAAACGGGAUAAUGAUGACAGUUGUGACAAGUUUUUGUAUCCGUUUCCGAUAAUGGACACUAUCGAUUUGACGAUAGAUGAGUUAGGGGAUGAUGAUGACUUCGUGGAAAUACCACCACCUCGUGUCGACCAGUGGAAUUAUCCGUACAAUUUGUUGCCAUCUAGUGAUGAAGAAGAGCCGGCGAGAGGUUUCAUAACCCAUAUGGAGGACAGUCACGGAGAUAUUCAUUUUACUCAUACAAGUACCACUCAUGAGUCAUCAAAUGAAAUAAAUCAAAAUGCUAACACAUCAAGUGCAUCAGUAAAUAUUAACUUUAAUAUUUCGGAAACCAACAAUACUGAUCAAUCUAGUGAAGAUAGAGAAUUUGAAUUGAAUAUACCACAAAUAUUGUUAUCAAUGUCCAGAAUAUCACAUAAUUUGUAUAAUCAAUCUUCGUCAUCUCAUGAUUAA